GGCGGGCCUCGCGAGCCCGCCUCCGCAGUCCCUGCCUCCCUCCGGGCGCGGGCGCCCCCCGCGGGCGCGCGCCCGCCGCGGGGCGCGCCCGCCGCGGCCGGGAUGGGGAUCAGGGGCCUGGCCAAGUUCCUGCAGGAUGCCGCCCCCAAGGCCGUGCGGGAGGUGAAGGGCCCCGAGGCGUUCACCGGCCGCGUCAUCGCGAUCGACGCGAGCAUGUGCCUUUACCAGUUCCUGAUCAUGAUCAGGGAGAGCCACAGCGGGGCCUACAGCAACCUCACCAACGCGGAGGGCCAAGUGACCUCCCACAUCGUCGGCUUCCUCAGCCGCACCAUCCGGCUCAUGGAGGCAGGCAUCAAGCCCGUGUACGUCUUCGACGGCAAGCCUCCGGACCUGGACCUGAAACUCGGCGAGCUGGUGGCCAGGGCGGCCAGGCGAGAGAAGGCCGGGGAGGCGCUGGAGGCGGCCAAGGAGGCCGGCGACGCCGAGGAGGUGCUCAAGGCCACUAAGAUGGGGGUGAAGGUUACGAAGGAGCAGAACGAGCAGACCAAGCAGUUGCUGCGCCUCAUGGGCGUGCCGGUGAUCGAGGCCCCCAGCGAGGCCGAGGCCACUUGCGCGGCGCUCUGCAGGGCCGGCAAGGUCUACGCUGCCGCCACGGAGGAUGCCGACUGCCUCACCUUCGGGACCAAGCUGCUCAUCCGCAACCUACUGGCCGCCGAGGCUCAGAAGAAGACGAUCUUCGAGAUCAACCUCGAGGUGGCUCUCGAGCAGCUGGGCGUGACGAUGGACCAGUUCAUCGACUUCUGCAUACUCUGCGGCUGUGACUACGCCGACACCAUUAAGGGUAUCGGUCCCACCACGGCCAUGAAGCUUGUGAUGCAGCACGGCUGCUUGGAAAAGGUGUUGGAGAACUUGGAUACGUCGAAGACGCCGGUCCCUCCUGGUUUCCGGUACCAGGCGGCCCGCGAGUUCUUCCGGGAGUGCGAGUCCGUUGACCCCGCGGGCGUAGACCUGCAGUGGCGGGAGCCAGACUUGCCCGGGAUGAGGACCGGGUUCCUCAUCGAUGAGAAUUCGUUCAGCGAGGAGAGGACACUGCGUUUCUUCGACCGCCUGAAGGCGGCCAAGUCGAAGACAAAGCAGCAGCCCCUCACCAUGUUUUUCGGCGCACCCAAGCCGGUCGUGCGCGAGUGCGACAAGUACGAUCCCUCCAAGAAGAGGUCCGCUGCUGCUCCCAAGGGCGGCGCGAAGGCGAAGGCGAAGGCGAAGGCCGUCGCAGGGCCCGCCGCGUCCGAGGCGGCGGCGGCCGCCAAGCCCGAGGAGGAGCAGGUGGCCUCUGCGCCGGAGGACCCGAGGCGCUGGAGAAGCCGCCGGCGAAGCCGCAGGGCGCGAAGGCGCGGGCCAGGAGGCCUGCGGAGGCCGCGGGGCGCGCCCUGA